UGCAGCUCUUCUCGAGCAUGCGCAGUGGGCACCCGUCUGUCUCAGCCGGUUGCCCACAGUCCGGGAUGCCCUGUACUGUCUGCAGUCUCUUGGUCAUCUCCUGUACUUGGUCAUCUCCUGUACUGUCUGCAGUCUCUGGUCAUCCCCUGUACUGUCUGCAGUCUCUGGUCAUCCCCUGUACUGUCUGCAGUCUCUGGUCAUCCCCUGUACUGUCUGCAGUCUCUGGUCAUCCCCUGUACUGUCUGCAGUCUCUGGUCAUCCCCUGUACUGUCUGCAGUCUCUGGUCAUUCCUUGUACUAUGUCCGCAGUCUCUGGUCAUUCCCUGUACUACGUCCGCAGGCUCUGGUCAUCCCCUGUACUACGUCCGUAAUCUCUGGUCAUCUCCUGUACUGUGUUCUCAGUCUCUGGUCAUCUCCUGCGCUAUGUCCGCAGUCUCUGGUCAUCUCCUCUAUUGUGUCCGCAGUCUCUGGUCAUGUCCUGUACUGUGUCCGCAGUCUCUGGUCAUCUCCUGUACUGUGUCCACAGUCUCUGGUCGUCAUCUGUACUGUGUCCGCAGUCUCUGGUACUGUGCU